AUGAUGAUAAAUAGAAUUGAACAUAUUGGAGUAAUAUUCACCCGUACGAAUUUCGUGACGUUGAAAUACGUCACGGAUAAUUGGGGUACGGAAAAUAACGGUUUUCGACUCGUUAUAACAGCCGUUAAAGAUCCCAAACACGAAUGUAGGGAUUUUCGUUGUCAUCAAAAAGAAUUUUGCAUUCAUCCCGAACUAUUAUGCGACGGUAUAAGUCAUUGUGCCGACGGAAGUGACGAAUCAUCACCAAAAUGUUCUAAAAACGAUUCCGGUUACAUAUUAGGAAUAAGUUUACCCAUAUUCGUAGUCGUAUCAAUCAGCUUUCUAUUGAUAUUAACCGCUUUGGGGGUCAUAGCUGGAAUUAUUUUCUGCAGGAAUCGGCCUUCAAUGCAACAAAGCACUCCUUCUCACUCUCAGCAUCCCCGAAAACGUUUUCCGCCAUUUUUUUUUUCUUUUCUAAGAAUAACAUUGUAUUCUUUGAUGUUCCGACAUUUUUCUUUUUCCCCCGGAAAACCCGAUCGUAACGAUUAA